AUGCAGAACAGCGGGCAGGCACUCCUCGGGUUUGCGUUGCAAACGAACUGCAUACGCAAGAGCGGGUUGAGGGUUGUACGAGAAACAGCUCCGAGCAGAGUUGCUGGCGAAGUACAGAACGGCGGAGGCGGAGCGACGGCCGGUUUGUGGGGCGUGGUUCUUGUUUUCGAUGAGGGCGCGACGCAACGGAAGGCGGGGGGAGAAAACGAGAGGCCGGUUGCAGAGGUCGAAAACAGAGGUGACCAUCAAAGAUGAGAGAGCGGCAAAG